CUGAGUCAAAAGGGCAUGUGGUUCCGGUUUAACAAACAUGGAACUCCCGUUUUCUGAAACAGUCUGUUGUUCCGGUUUAACGAACAAGAAACCCCGGUUCAUGAUUCCGAACUGUACACCGUACCACCCGAUUCCGACGUCGGAGACGCCACGCGCUAAAGCUUUCAUGAAAUGGAGUCCGUCCGUCAUAAGAUUGCAAAAGUGCCAAGUUCAUUCAGGCAAGGCAAGAAUCCGAUUCCAGGCGAAGAAGGAAGAAGAAGAAAAGGCAGAAAUGGUGGCCAGGAAGUUCUGUGUCCGCCACAAUGAAUCCACCUUCGACGUCGACUACGACACGGACGACGGCUUCGAAGUCCUCAAGUUUCAGAUCUUCUCCCUUACCUCCGUUCCGCCCGAUCAACAAAAGAUAUUGGAAGCAGAUGAUGGUCAAGUUGUACAGGAAGAAGCUGAUUUGGCUUCCAUUUCAGAAAAUCUUCAAUUGGUGACAAUUGAUGACGGAGAAGAGGAAAUGGAGAAGAAAGAGGAGACUGAGCCUGAUUUUGGGAUGUCAGACGAACAAUUAGCUCGGAUCUUGCAGGAGGAAGAAGAUGCACUUAUGAGGCAGCAGGCUGUUGCUAGUGAAAGUAGUGCAGAAUUUGAGCAAAAGAUACGUCCUUAUAUUGAUCAAGUUCUAUUGUACGAGGACCCACGGAAGCAGGAGGCUGCUCGGAAGACCGUGCCUAUUGACAAUCUUGAGGAGAAAGCAUUAAUUUCAUUGGCCAGGGAGGGAAACUUUGAACCAACAAAAAAUGAACAAGAGCAUGCCUUCCUGCUGCAGCUUCUAUUCUGGUUCAAACAAUCAUUCAAGUGGGUAAAUGCACCUCCUUGUGAUAGGUGUGGUAAUGAAACUAGAAAUGAGAGCAUGGGAACACCCUAUCCUUCAGAACUGCAAUAUGGUGCUUCAAGAGUUGAACUUUACCGAUGCCAUUCAUGCUCAAAUGUUACCCGGUUUCCUCGAUACAAUGACCCGAUGAAGCUCCUAGAAACAAGGAAGGGGCGCUGUGGGGAGUGGGCUAAUUGCUUCACACUCUAUUGCCGAGCUUUUGGUUAUGAAGCACGCUUGAUUAUGGACUUUACGGAUCAUGUUUGGACAGAGUGCUUCUCACUAUCCCUAGGAAGAUGGAUGCACCUUGAUCCUUGUGAAGGAAUUUAUGACAAUCCAUUACUAUAUGAGAAGGGGUGGAAAAAGAAAUUAAACUAUGUGAUUGCUAUUUCUAAAGAUGGGGUACAUGAUGUCACCAAGCGUUACACAAGGAAAUGGCCUGAGGUUCUUGCUCGGAGGAACAUAGUUACAGAAGCUGUGCUCUCUGCUUCUAUCUGUGACAUAAAUAGAGAAGUGCGGAAAGAUUUACCCUUCCAGAUGCUUUCUGCUCUGGAAGAACGAGACAAGAAUGAAGCAGAAGCCAUUAAUAGAGAUUUGUACUCCAAAGAUGAUCCUACAAUUUCCUUACCUGGAAGAUUAAGUGGGGAUGAAGAAUGGCGUAUAUCGAGAUCUGAAACUGGUCCUGAUAAAAAAUCAUCCUUAAGCUCUUCAUCUUGUCCAGUUCGUAGAUGUAUAGAUGCACAUGUAACUAAGGUCUACAAUGCAUUUUUCCCUAUUAUCUCAAAGCUAGUGGAGGAUUCUGCCUCUAAGAAUGAAGCAAUUGAACUAUUUAGGGCUUUCAGAAAUAUUUUGGUUGAUCUCAAGAAAUCCCCUUUCAGAAACAGGAGAACUUCGUUGAAUUCUGUUUCUGAUAGUGCCCCACAUUUUUUCAAGAAGAUGCUGCCGUCUUUUGGUCAAUUACUUGAAGCUUUAUCGUUAAAAAGUGAGUUGGCCAUAAACGGGAGGAUUGACCUAUGUUUGUGUGCUGAUCCUGUGAGAACGUCAAUUGCCCUUCCUGUAGUGUUCCAUGCUUUGGAUGAUGUGAUCAAUAAUGUUAGUCUUUGCAAUAGACUUGAUAAAGAUUCACUUGCUUGGCCACUUUUGAAGUUAAACAGAUUGUGUUCUGGUCUAGUGCGUGCUAGUGGGGAGGAGCUUCCUUUUGGAAUUGCCACAUCUGCAUUUGAUGGGACACGCAUGUCAAAGUGGGAAGAACCGAAUGGGGCAAGAGGUUGUUGGAUCUUAUAUCAAGUUAAUGGCAAAGAAAUGCAUGAGCUUGUGGCCUAUGAAUUCAUGUCUGCUAAUGAUGCUCCAGAAAGAGAUCCAAAGGACUGGGUUCUUGAAGGAAGUGCAGAUGGAGGAUGUAGUUGGCAUGUUUUGGACAAACAGACUUCCCAGAGAUUCGAUAAACGUUUCGAGCGAAAGGCAUUUACUGUCAAACCACAAUGUUUCCUAGCGAAUGCUUUCAGGAUAAGAUUUCUAGCAGUUCGAGAUGGGAAGACAAAUCCACGGUUUCAAAUUGGCAGUAUUGAUCUCUAUGCAAGAUGCAAUCAAUGAUUCAGGUGGUGUCAACCUUAAUGUCAUCCCUGGGUUAAAGUAAUAUUUUCCUUCGAGUUUAAAUUGACCGAGCACAAGGUGUUGGUGGCCUCACAUCAAAUCGCGUCCAUGAUGCAUGGAGGAGAUCAUAUGGGUCGCACACGAAUCGUGGCCCACGAUACGGAAACCCAGUGCCUACCUCAACCUCCCACUUGGCAGACCUAAACCUCAGUUGGCAAUCCGACUCAUUUCACCUGAACCCCAUGUUAAUAGCGUGGGCUCCGGUCGUCCGUGCCUAAAUACAAUAUUAAGUAUGAAAUGAACAGAGAAUAUGUAGUCUUCUUACUCACUAUACAUAUUUGGGUUGAUCCCAACAUACCUAUGAAUCUUUAUUUAAAAAGGGGAGCAUUUAGUUUGCUCUAGUGUUAUAUAAUUGGUGUGCUUUAAUAGUCUUUGACAAUUCACACAU